AUGGAAAUCGAGCAUGUCCAGACGGAGACGCAUUUACAUGAAGCUGCGGCGAGAGGUAGACACUUGCAUGUGAUUAAGUGGCUUCGAAAACAUUCUACCGAGAUAAUUGAGUCUCAAGCACUGGACGAAGCAGCAGCUGGAGGGUUUUCAGAGAUUGUUGAGUUUUUGCAUGCCGAGUGGACGGAGGCGAAACUUAAGCGCAAUCGCCGCAUUUGUCGCGUUUCGACGAGGGCGAUGAUCAAAGCAGCUGGUAAUGGACACUUGAAAAUGGUAAAAUAA